GUAAAACUUUCCAAACAAAAAUUACCGCCAUCUUGAGGAAAAUACGAUACGAAGGUUCUUCAGAGGACAGUCGAUAUUUGAUACCUGAAAUUGCCUGAAAUUCUGUCAUUCGAUGUGUAUAUGUAGUUUCAGUUGCAUAAACAUAUUUACGUACAUGAUAUAUAAGAAGCAAUUGGUGAAGCAAGCUUGUUGCAUAGAUAGAAAGAAUAGUGAAGGAAAUUGUACACGCUACGCCAUACAUGUACAGAGACAGCACAGUUUGUUGUUGCGUUUUAUCUCAGAAUUGUCCUGACAUUGUUGUUGUGCGCAUUGUGCAUAUGUAUUAAUACACCCGGCUAAAAAUAUGACAGUACAGUGAGGGAAGUGAUCCUGAAGUGCAUUACAUCUAGCUUCCAUCCACAGUGCAACAGCGGAAUGGAUUAAUUAUUUAUUCCAUAAUAAGGAAACUUCAUUUUUAUCCUGACUUCCAGACAUCCAGAACACCAUAAAGAUGGACAUGAAGGUUUUUAAAAGAUCCAGACUGAUACACCUACUCUUUGCCAUUUCUUACUUCACAUCCGGAUUAAUAAUAAACACUAUGCAAUGUAUCUUAUACUAUACAGUGCAUAAGAUCAACAAAACCCUUUAUCGGAAGUUAAAUUAUUAUCUGUGCUGUUCUUUGUACUCACAAUUGGUAUUUAUGGGCGAUUGGUGGUCAAAUUCAAAAAUCAUCCUUUACAUUGACAAAAAUGAUUUUGACCAAUAUUGGGGCAAGGAGCAUGCCUGUUGUAUAAUGAACCAUACAUAUGAAAUUGACUGGCUCAUUGGAUGGAUGACCUGUGACCGAAUUAACAUGUUGGGCAACUGCAAGGCGUACGCGAAAAAAGUGAUCCAAUAUCUCCCGGUGCUCGGAUGGUGUUGGAAGUUUUCCGAAUUUGUAUUCUUGGAGAGGUCUUAUGAGAAAGACAGGGCAAACAUUCAUAAGCAAGUCGGAGAACUUGCUGAUCACCCUGAUCCAAUGUGGCUGUUGCUCUUCCCAGAAGGAACCAGGUUUUCUCAAAGCAAGCACAAAGCGUCGGAGCAAUUCGCUACGGAAAGAAAUUACAAACAGUUAAAAUAUCAUUUGCAACCACGCACACGAGGCUUUGUCACUAGUUUACCUCCGAUGCACGGCAAGGUGCCGGCUGUUUACGAUAUUAUUGUAGCUUUUGACGAGAAUGACUCAGUUAAGCCUACAAUUACAAGUAUGCUCCAUGGCAAAGCUGUAACAGCACAUAUGUAUAUGAAACGUAUCCCUCUAGAAGAAGUACCAGAAUCUGAAGCUGAUCAGGAUAACUUCAUCAGAGAGUUAUUCCAGAAAAAGGAUCAGAUGAAGGAAAGCUUUGUUAAAACCGGUGAUUUCUUUGAAACUUCGGGCGUUGAACGCGUCGAAGGUUUUAGUUUGCCGAGACGUCUUCAUCCUUUGAUCAAUAUGGUCAUGUGGAUGAUCACUAUUCUGUGUCCAAUGAUUUAUUACUUGAUUCGACUCUUAUUUAGCGGACAAAUGAUUUAUUUCUGCAUCGGAGCUGGAAUUCUCCUCAUUUUUUACUGUCUUUUAAAUAGAUCAAUUGGCAUGUCGAAAAUUAGCAAGCAAUCAUCGUACGGCGGAACAGCACAAAACGCAACAACAAUUAAAAAGGAUAAUUGAUGGAAAUUAUAUAUAUAUAUAUUUAGCAUAUAUU